AUGAUGGCGGACUAUGAUCGCUCCGCCAUCAUUGUGUGCAAACCGGUUGUUAUCUCUGAACAGGAGGGUACUGACGUUACGGACGCGUUCGUGGCAAUGCUCAUCGGAUUGGGUCGCCUUUCUCUCAAGCAGCGAGGCAUCCAAGAACAAUUUUACAACGACAAGGUGCUCAUCGAGAAUUACAUGAAUAGAUGUGGUGAUCCCGACGCCGUCUUUGUUGGAGUAACGCUCAGCAUCGUCGGUCGGGACACUUGCGUAGUCAAGGCCACAUCGGAGCAUGAGGAGUGGAAGGGUAAACAACUGAUUGUCAAGAUCAAUUUCAUUGGGAAAGCUCAAGAGAAGGCUCGAAAUAUGACGCAAGGCAAAAGGCCAGACUGGGCCCUAGAUCACUUGCCGGACAUUCUCCUCUCUCAAGACUUUGGCUACGACGCGAAGUCUCCUCAGGCGAACCUGGCGGAUUUCUUUGCAAAGACCAUGUUUGCAGACAAGAAAUUUGAGUACGAGGGACGUGUGUGUCGAAUCGCUGUCGAGGAGAGACUGUAUUCCUUCGAUGAACUGCAGACUGCCUCAAGAGUAUGCUCAGGUCUUCUUCGACAUUUUGCACAGGAUAUUAGCAAAGGCAACAUUAUGUGGCGCCGGACCAUCGAUGGCCAUCUACGCGGGGUCCUUAACGAUUUCGAUUUCUCCUCCUUCCGAGACGACACCACUUCCUUGCUUCAGCGUGUCGGCACUCGACCUUACACGGCGUAUGAACUCUUCGAUAAGAAGUAUGUCGAGGAUCCACCGCCUACUAAACACCUUUAUCGUCACGAUGUGGAAUCCAUUUUCUACGUCAUCUUUGUUGUCGUUACCAGCUCGACACUACACAGGAAUCUUCCGAAUGUGCGAUUCCAUCCAACAGUAAAUAGCGGCUUCGCCGAUUUUCAGCCUUGGAUGAUCCGAUCACUGGUCUUCACCUUCAGUUCAGGCGGGGGUUUCUUUUCGCGAUGCGACAUGAUUUACGCCAAGAAGAUCGAGAAGAGGAAGGAUUAGCUAGGGAGCCCUUUGACGAUGAAACUCUACAAGACCGUGUUUCUUAGUCCUCGUCGAUAUCUGUAGUAAAUUUGCCGGUUCCACUCUUGUAGUACACAAUGACCAGCUCGAAGCUAGUGCCUAGUGCUAAGUAGUAUUUGCUCUCAACUCAUGCUUGUAGCCUUUAUCUUUUAUUUUUGCGAUUUCGGUGAUGGAAAAUGAAAA